CAGACAGCAAAGAUGGCGGCGGUUGUCAGGCGGCUGGGCGGGAGAUGGAGCGGCCUCUGGAGGAGCCGCGUCUCCCGGGCCCGGCUCCCCCUCACCGGGGCUCAGCGUGCCCUGUCCACCAAUCAUGCGGUUCACCAGCAGCAGUUCACAUCCCUGGAUGAGAAGCCCCAGUUCCCAGGAGCCUCCGCAGAGUUUGUGGACAGGCUGGAGUUCAUUCAGCCCAAUGUCAUAUCUGGUAUCCCCAUCUACCGGGUGAUGGACCGACAAGGACAGAUCAUGAACCCCGAUGAGGACCCUAAGUUGCCGAAGGACAUGGUACUAAAGUUCUAUCAGAAGAUGACGCUGCUGAACACAAUGGAUCGCAUUUUAUAUGAAUCCCAGCGACAGGGCCGAAUAUCCUUUUAUAUGACCAACUAUGGUGAAGAAGGCACACAUAUUGGCAGUGCUGCUGCACUGGAACCUGAUGACAUGGUGUUUGGGCAGUACAGGGAAGCAGGCGUCUUAAUGUACAGAGGUUUCCCCCUGGAGCACUUCAUGGCACAGUGCUACGCCAGUGCCAGAGAUGUGGGUAAGGGGCGUCAGAUGCCUGUUCACUAUGGCAGCAAGGAUCUUCAUUUUGUUACAAUCUCAUCUCCCUUGGCAACACAAAUACCCCAGGCUGUCGGGGCUGCAUAUGCCUACAAAUUGAGUCAGGAAGACCGUGCAGUCAUCUGUUACUUCGGAGAAGGUGCUGCUAGUGAAGGGGACGCUCAUGCUGGUUUCAACUUCUCAGCCACUCUAGAGUGUCCCAUUGUAUUCUUCUGCAGGAACAAUGGCUACGCAAUCUCAACGCCAACUCAUGAGCAGUACAGAGGAGACGGCAUCGCUGCCAGAGGCCCUGGUUAUGGGAUAAUAUCAAUCAGAGUGGAUGGGAAUGAUGUCUUUGCUGUUUAUAACGCUACCAAAGAGGCACGACGCAGAGCAGUGGCAGAAAACCAGCCCUUCCUCAUUGAGGCCAUGACCUAUAGGAUAGGCCAUCACAGUACCAGCGAUGACAGCUCAGCCUAUCGCUCUGUGGAUGAAGUGAACUAUUGGGACAAGCAGGACCACCCCAUCUCCAGGCUCAGGCAUUACAUGGUGAACAAGGGCUGGUGGGACGAGGAGCAAGAAAAGGCUUGGAGGAAGCAGUCCAGGAAACGAGUCAUGGAAGCCUUUGAGGAGGCUGAACGGGCACUGAAACCAAAACUGGACCACUUGUUCUCCGAUGUGUAUGAAGAGGUUCCAGCCAACCUCCAGAAACAGCAGGAGGCACUGCAGAGGCACCUGAAGAUGUACGGGGAGCAUUACCCCAUUGACCAUUAUGAAAAGUAGGCUCUUUAGGAAGUCCGGUUCCCACCCUGUCCACUCACCCUCGAUCUGCUUGGAAAUGAGUUUCUGUUACACCACACUGUCACAAAAAUCACCUCUUGUUAAGUUAUUGUUUCCCUAAAGUUGAAUCUCCUUAAUUAUUAUGAAUCUUCUCUCCACUCGCUGCAUGCCCCUCCAAUCAGAGCGCUCUGUUACUUGCAGCUGGGAAUUAUAGGAAUUUAAUGUGAGAGGGGGACUGGCACUCGGUGAAAUCCUGGUCGUCCUUGAUCGGCUCAUCCUGAACAUGGGAACGAUGUCGCUGCGAGGAAGAGCCUUUCACUUAAAACACUCGUGCAUAAUGACAUCAGUUACCCAGAAGCAGGGCAAAUGUUAUGACAACGCAGCGGGCCUAAAUUAUCCAGUGCACUCUGAUUAUAGGAAGUGAGGAACAAUGGAAAAACAGGACCUGUGAGAAUAGGCUGACUGUUCACCUUUGACUCCAAUGUUCUCUCAGGUUUGGGAAGGCAGAUUGUGAAUGGAGCUCUAUGAAGAUGGGAUUGGCGGUGGUCUUUUUUUUAUUUUCUCCUGUCUCGAUCUGUAGAGUGGGUUUAUCUUCUCACUCAUGUAUAUUCACGAGGGAAGGGUCUGCAAUUGUAUUGUGUUACCCUUGUGCUAUAUAGCUAGGUCAGAACGAUAAUCCUUUUUGAACACUACAUAAACUUUCAGCUCCCUCUACACACCUCUUCUCUGCGAUAUUAACAAAGAUGAUUCUCCGAGUUCCUGAGUAGCCUUGAGGG